GUCAACAAAAAUCAUCUUCCAUUGCGAAAAAAUAUUUCCUAUUUGUUAUUCGUGAAAAAUAGUGAAAAGUCGUGCAAAGAUUUUCAGUGGAAGUGUAGUUUAAAGAUCCAAACAUACGCUAUAUUUGCAGGCGGAGGUCUUUCCGCAGGAUACAACAAACAACGAAACUAUCCUGUGCAAAGGUUAAAGAAGGUAGACAAAAAUGGAACCACCGAGUUUCCAUCCGUGCGACGAAGCCGUCAUUUCCACGAACGAUGAUGCCAGCAACUGCAAACGGUCCGCGGUGAAGCUGGGCUACUGGAAGGACGACUACAUCGUACACUUUGUGCGCAACCCGGAUCGCAAAGCACCAGAAAUAAACCGGGGCUACUAUGCCCGCGUCAAGGGUAUUGAGAUGUGCAUUGAGAAGUUUUUCAAGAAAACUGGAGACAAAUGCCAAAUCGUUAAUCUGGGCUGCGGUUUCGAUACGCUGUACUGGAGGCUGCGGGAGGCCGGCCACAUGGUGACAAAUUUCGUCGAGCUCGAUUUUCCCAACGUUACCUCCCGCAAAUGUUACCAAAUCAAGCGAAACAAAAUAUUGCUUGAGAAAAUUCACGUCGAAGAUGGAGAGGUGCGUCUCAGUCCGACCGAUCUUCACUCAACGAACUACCACAUAGUAGGCGUGGAUCUUCGCAAUAUCGAAGAAGUUGCGCUGAAGCUGCAACAAUCGGAGAUUGAUUACAGUGUGCCGACCAUUUUCCUUGCCGAGUGCGUACUGGUUUACAUUGAGCCACAGAACUGUAACAACCUGCUGAAAUGGUUCGCUGCCAACUUCAAGACGGCCGCAUUCGUGAACUACGAGCAGGUCAACAUGAACGAUCGGUUCGGUGAGGUGAUGCUGACCAAUCUUCGACAGCGAGGCUGCAGUUUAGCCGGUGUGGACUCAUGCGUAUCGCUCGAUGCGCAAAUUUCCAGAUUUCUGCAAUGCAAUUGGCAUGGUGCCAGAGCGUGGGACAUGGUGCAAAUCUACCACAGUAUUCCCGCUUCCGAGCGAGCACGAACCGAACGGAUUGAGAUGCUGGACGAGGCGGAGCUGUUGGUUCAGCUAUUUCAACACUACUGCAUCUCGAUUGCCUGGAUAGGGGAUUUAUUUCAGGACAUAGAGAUCACGGUGGAAAAACAACUCUCCUCACUGAAUAUAGAUUAAUCGAAGCAAAUCGUGAAAGUGGUGGUGCUGCAACGAAGUGAGGACAUUUUAACACGCAUAUUAACAAUCCUCUACUCAUAAAGAAAAUACCCGAAGCCGAACCUCCUUGUACGAUGGCAGGAACAAAUCUACAAUCAAAUCCAAUAGGAACAAUACCCUAUAGCACACUGAUCGUAUUUUAACGUUUUUUGCACAGUUUCACUUGUCGCACCAGAACUGGUCUUCUUCCGGCGGUGAACGAAUAUCGGAUAGGACAGAAUUUAUAGAAGUAAUCUUCUUUUUUUGAAAUGUAUUUCCAAUCGAACCAGUAAGGAAUCCCUCAAAACUAAUCGGUAAGAAAACCAUAAAGACGAUCUUCAUCCUAGAGUAUCGAUCAUUCGGAUCAUCACUGAUUGUAGUAUAGUUAGCAACAACGAACAGCAGAAAUGCUUUUCCUUCCUUUCGAUCAUCAUCAUUGUGCCCCCCCCCCCCCCUUUUUCCAUGGACAGACUGCAUCAUUGGCUAGAUUAGUAGAUAGGUUGUAACAAAUUGGACAUCAUAUCUGCGGCGCACAGUGAACUCCUCAAAGAUUCAUGAAUUUAACGAAAGCAUAAACUCUGAAACAUCUUUAUAGCACCCAUGCGGACUAUAUUUAAGUCUCUUUUCUCUCCAUCCCACGCCGAUUUGUAAACCAUUUUGUACCACACGAAAGUUAGUGGUCACAGAAGAAUAAACCAAAAGAGAAUGUUUGUAGCCAUGGGUUGGAAACGUAGCAGUUAGGAGGUUCGGAAUUGGUCUCAUGUGUUCCUUAUAUAGAGUGUGUGCGAAUGUUGUUAUUAUUUAUUUUAAAUAAAGUAAUCUAAAUCAAACGUCGUGUCAAAAACAGCAAGAAA